CUCUUGAGCUCGCCAUCCUUCGAGGGCGUCUGGCGAGUUGCUACUAGCAAAAAGCGCACCUGGCUGCUACGUUGCGCCGCCAAUAGAGCUCGCCUCAACUCGAGCGCAGGGCAAGCAGAAUACCCGCGGCGGCUUUCAAUCGAUCAGUCCUCGCCGCCGUUGCAACGAGACGCGCCACGAUGCCGCGUGGGAGGAGAGCAGCCCUCUUGCUGGCAGCAGCAAGCCCAGCAAGGGCUCUGCUGGCGCCGCAGACUGUGACGAGGACGCAGACACGACGAAACCUCGCGACGACGCCCGACGAGAUCUCGCACGCCGCCCAUUACAACGCCUACGACUACAACGCGGAGUCGCAGGGCGCCAGCGAGGACGACUGGCGGUCGAUGGCAACAGCGGCGGGCGCCAUCGACGAAGACCCGGCCGAAAAGUGGGCGGGCCUCUUCACGCCGUGGGACGCUUCGCAAGAAACAGCAGCAGAAGACACGAGCCUAGAGAAAAUCUACGCUGUGCAGCGCGAUCCGGUCAACCUGCCGCCGCUCCCGCAGGAGAACUGGGGCGGGAUGUUCUCGCCGUGGGAAGCCGAUGACACCUCGCUCAAUAAGAUCUACGCCGUGCAGAGCGACCCGGUCGCGCAAGUCGUCCCGCACUACGAGGUGGGCUUUGAGCCCGAGGAGGUGCCGCAGGCGGGCGUCGCGCCGUGGAACGCUAUUCAAGCAUAAGGCUAGUUAUGUGUUU